CCAUAGGAGAUAGCAUCGCCAUACAUAUACAUAUAGUAGUACCUAGUGUCGGGAGACUUCGGCAUCGGCAGCAGGAUUGCCGGCGGCGCAUGUCGCUCAUAUCGCAGAACCAGAGGGAGGUGUGGCACAGAGGAUACACAACGGCAGACGUGGUCGAAGCACUCCUCGUUUCGUACACUAGUAGUGGGGAAAAGCUGCGGAUCGUGAAUACCGUCGUGACAGACCCUCGAUUAAUGCCUGUCUGCUUGCUUCCAUGGAUUGGAUGGGAUGGAUGCUUGCCGCCGCCGCCUAGUUCUUUUGUCGUAGGAGGAGGACGGGAGGAAGAGCUCCUAGUUCGAACGUGCUAUUCAUUCUAUACCUAUAUCUGCCUGACCCUGCCUUGCACUCCCACGAGACGUCACCUAUUGCAUACUAUACCGGCGCCAUUGCAACGACCCCUGGACCGCGCAAGAAGAAGAGCCGAAGGCGAAGGAGAAGAAGAAGAACGAGAAGAAGAGGAGGAGGAAGAGGGAGAAUAAGCACAAGAAUAAGCCCGACAAAAACGAAUACAAGAGGGGGAAUAUCUCAGGAAACGGUUGACGGGGCUCUCAUGUACAUGCUGCUGCGGGCUGCGGAUACCUCCUAGCUUUCCAUUUAUCAUGUACUGACAUCAAGGUUCAACUUAACUGACGGCAUACCGGGCGGGCACACUGUAGCUUUUAGCUUUUGCUCCGAGCCACGACCUUGACUUCUAGGUGCGUGCGUGCGUGCGUCCGUCUUUGUGUGUGCCUCCUGGCUACGAGUCGGAGUCUGCGGCAUCGACGACUUUCGGCUUGUCCAGAGGCUGUGGGAAGCAAGCAGUGCAGUCGGGGCAUUCUGCUGCUGGUGCCAGAAGACGGUCUGUAUACACGCAGAUGCAGCUCGGAGCGGGAUCCUGGACGGACGGCAUCUGAGGUUAGUAAGACACUGUGCAUGUACAGCGCGGCCGGCGUGGCUUGCUCUCUCGUACGGAGUCUGUGGUCUGCUGAGAGUCUGCCCGUGAAGAGUGAAGAGCGAUUGAGAGAGAGAGGGAAAAUUAGAGAGAGACAGAGAGGAAGAGAGGGCUGGCAGAGUUGCAAUUGUUGAUAUCUACGACUGUCGCUUCUGCAUAUACCACACCCCUCCCGACUCUGCGCCCAGCAGUAGGUACGGUCAGUGGUCAGUCGCCGUGCGCUGAUUCUGGACCAGUCAUGGACUCGCGGAACAUGGGGAACUCAACGUGGGAGGACUUGGACAUGUUCGACACCAACUCUACUACCGCCACCUUCGAUACGCCGUCCGGCUUCGACGCCUUCAACGACUUCACGAAUCUCGACGCGCAAUACGCCGAAUCCCCUAUUGCCCUGGGUCUGCGCGCGCAGUCCAAGUCAGCACCCGACGGCGCGACCUCUGCAGGCGUGCAGAACCCCAAUGGUGGAGCUGGGAUCGUAGCCGCUUCUGCUUCUGCAGAGAGCUCGAGUCAAGACUCGUCCUCGGACACUUCGAGUGGGCGGAAGAGGAAGACAGGUUUAUCGGAGUCGCCAGCGUCCAUGGAUGGACAGACCCACCAUCUUAUUAAACAGGAGGACAGUAAAAUGGACAUGCAGCAAGUGCGGAGCUACGACCAUUUCUCUCAGCCUAUGCACAAUCUCUCACUUGAGCAGCGGAAGAGCUACGGUGAGGGCAGCAUGGGCCAGCAGUACUACAAUAGUGCUGCUUCCAGUCCGGUUCACACCAACGACUUCAACACCGCCAUGUCCAUUGAUGCGCAUGUGGCUUCUACCAUGGCUGCACAGUACAAUCACGAGUCGCCAGUGCAGACAAUCAAUCCUGGCAUGUUCGCGGUAGGAGGCUCUCGCGAUCAGUCGCCCACCACGAAUCUCAUGUUUAACCAGGCAUCUCCCAACGCCAUUUUCUCUACUCCGUCGUCGGACAGCCCCGAAACUUUUGCAGGAAACCAGAACUGGAACCCAUCCUUAGCACAGAAUCCUCAAUGGCCAGGUGAAUUCACAGGCCAAUUGACUUCCCCAGGUGGCAUAGCUUUCACUCCUUCCCCGGGUGCUAAUGACAGCACUCCAGCGAGCACUUCUCGGGAUGUCGGUGGUCGCGCUGGCCUGGGUCGCUCACCAUUGCACAUUGCCCCCAUAUCCACGAAGUCUCGGGUUGAGACGCAGAUUAAUGUGGUCAUGACUCUUGAGAAGCCACCGCCUGGGACUGAGCAUCUUCACUUGCCACUACAUACGAUUGCCAAGUCGAAACUUCUGGCCAAAGAGGACUUCGACAGAUCCAGGGUUCUGGAGCUCCACACCAUGUUGGUGUGCACGAGUGCGAUGCAUAACGCGCAGUAUAAGGAGAGAGCCAUGAAGCGAGCGGCUGCCCAAAACAAUGCCGAGAUUCAGAGGCGAGCGGAGCUCUCACGAGACUCCAACGACCAGGACAAGAAUGAUCAGAAGAACUUGCCGGAAGAGGACAAAGUGGCAAAUGGAGGAGAAGUGAAGAUAUGCAGUAAUUGCAUACAGCGAGAGAGGAAGCGAGCAGGCCGGAAGAAGACGAAGCGUGAGGAGGAACAACAACAUUGGGAGCGCUUCGAGACCGAGAGAGUGGUGGUGUUCAAUUCCAACGAAUACUUGCCGUUCAAACCAUGCGAGCCUGGGCAGUACCCGCAACGAGACAUCAAUGCCGAAGGAGAACAAUACGUGCCCCCUGAUGGCUCCCUACAUGUCACUGCUGCAAUGCGGAUAGCAUGUUACUGCAGGCACCAGAGCGAGAAGGAAGGCUUUCAAGUCAUCUUUACCCUCAAGGACCACCAUGGCCACGUCGUGGCUCAGCAGAUCUCUGACUCGAUUCUGAUCACCGACGACCACAAAACACAUCCGCAAAGCUUUUCGACAACCGUAGCAGGUGAAGGUUACUACCAGAACGCAGCGUACCUACCAAACGGUCUACCGAUGUCACAGUCAAUGGUCGACAUGUCAGCACCCGUCCACCAAUUCACCUCAUCUCGAUCCGCAGGAAACUUGCCCGCACUUGCGUAUGGUGCGCAAUUCAACCCGCACAGUCAUGUGCACCAGCUACCAGCUUCUGGAUAUGCGUCGGGUAGCACGUCCGCCACCAUGACUCCAACCAGUCUCUCGAGGCCGGCCUCACCAACAAAUGCAGGACAAGCUGGUCCCAACAAAAAGCGAAAGUCCUCCACCUUCCACAGAAGGAUACCCAGUGGACUCACCAUGACUCCAAGAGUAGAUACAAGCCAGCCACCCUCUUCGAAUCUGCCCUCGGCGGUCUCAAUGAACACUCCGUUCUCACCUUCAGGUCAAUUUCCUGCCAUGAAUCAAUCCUACAUGACAAUACCAAACAACAAUGGCCCAGCCCAGUACUACGGUAGUGGGCCCCCUACGCCGAGCGAGAAUGCGCCGUUCAACUUCAGCCAGCCCCAAGUCGAUAUGUCGCGCAUACAACAGAACCUGAACAACCAGGCAUAUUUCUCACAUCCAUCAUCGGCUGUUCCCAGCCGAGCUGGUAGUCCCGUGUUGCAACAGACACGUGCCAACAUGGCGGCAUAUGCGCGCCAGCAUCCAAUACAAACCUCAACGAACACCAUGGGCAACCGGCCUCAGCAACAACAAGCAUUUCCGGCGCAGCCACCUCCUGGAUCUGCCGGACACGACGGCUCUAUGACCAUGGCUGGCUUCCCUUCGGUAGACCGGAUCACUCCCAAUGAAGGUCCAAUAAGCGGAGGCACAGAGGUCGCGAUAUUUGGACAGCACUUUGUCAAUGGCAUCCAGGUACAGUUCGGAGACCAGGUAUCAUCAACGCAGGUCCUCUCUCCGAAUUCGAUGAUCACCAUUUCACCGCCUGGAAGAGUGGGAUCGGUGCAUUUGAACAUCCUCGCACCACCAGGAAUCGCCCAAUACCCUCAGCCGGCCAACAGACCCAUCUUCCGCUACACUCAGUACAACGAACAGAUGAUGGUGAUGGCGCUCAAGUACCUGAGUGAGCAGCAGUACGGACAGACGGAGAAUUGGCAGGCUCUGGCGCAGCAAAGCGCAACCCAGUUUCUGCAGUCGAACAUUAAUCGAGGCGGCCUGGGGCAACAGGGAGGCUAUCACAUGGCAUUAGCAUCACACCGCUUCGAUCAUCUUGAGCACGAUGUACUGCGUGACGUGGAAGCUGUCAAUUCCGAGGAGCAAAGUCGCGAUGCAGAACUCACCAUGGCGCCCUCCACGUGCUCACGUCGUGCGAGUCAAGUGGCAGCACUGAUGGCGAAUUGCGCAGAGGUGGAUCCUCGAGACACCUGCGGCGGCUAUCGACCUCUUCUACAUGCAGCGUUGGAUGGAAAGAUAGAUAUUUGCAGGCUCCUGGUGCAGCGCGUGGCUAAGCCGUGCAUUUGCAGCCUUGGGCGGUCUUCUACAGUGGAGCCUGCGCUCUUCAAGUCACGAGAACGACAAAAGCGUAUGCAGCUUUUGACGAAUACUGUUCAUCGACGACACGUUAGACUCAUGCGGCGCCAACAUUCACUGCAGCCAAGCAUCAGCUGUGAUGAUGCAGCCUCCUCCCAGCACGCAUGGAGCAGCAGCGCUAGAGCGUCGAUAUAUGAGCCUGAGGCAGAUGUAUGUCAGCUAGACCCAGCGACGUGGCCACGUUCCCGGCGACCAGGUGCAACGCAAAUGCUUCGUGAUGGCACGGAAAAUGCGCUGCCCACGCCGUGUCGUGUCGCCAUACCCGUGAAGCGUGAUGCGUUGGCAGCGCAGCCCCAGCACCUCCAGCAAAUCGUUCGUGAAUGCCAGCCUCAGUCAUUUCAGACUUUGCCCGUACUUCCAAGACAUGCCUCCCGCGUGGGCCCAGAUAUCGCCGCACCACGGCCGCCACGGCCGCACGGCGUGACCCAGGUAACGCGCCUUUCAGCCCACCUCGAGGCGCCGCCACCUCACCCGGAGUGCGUGUCACCAGGGCAUCGUUUCAAUCUCUCCGAACAGAGGGAUGCGGUGCAGGACGACGAGACAAACCAUGCCGUUCUUCCGGGUCUUGCCAGAUACGGGCAACCUGGAACCAAGGACGCCGAUCACUCGGUUUUCCCCGAUCUCGGUCGACCGAACAUAUCCGCAGAGGCACUCCAGCAGCUUGAGACAUGGUGGCUUUGGACGCCGGCACUCGUGCUCACAGCCUCCGUUCUGGUGCGUGCCGUGAUGCCUCACUUCCGAUUCACAGCUCUCCAUCCGGGGGUCGGUAGUAGCGAUGAUCAUCAUCGACAGGUCGACCACCAUAGCAGAAGGAGGCGCAGCAUGAUGAUGAUCUGUACAUGAAAGUAGGGAUCCAACGACUCUCGGUGUAAUUUACGGCACAAAUAUAUCCUUCUCUCACGGGCAUCGGUAUCAGACAAGACAAGACCAAAAAAACAUCUUUCUUAUCAUGACGAAAAAUGCGGCUCAGGUUUUGAUUGAAAAGUUGGAGGUGGGAGGGGGGAGGCUUUUCUGCUAAAAGCGGGACUCCAUUUCGGCAUGAAAUUAAGGUGGUAGUCAAGUCAGGAUUGUAAUAUCCCUCAUCGGAAAACGGAUGGCGGAUGGCGGAUGGCGGAUGGCUGAGGGGGAAGGGGGGAAGGGGAAAAAUCAGGGCAGCGAGCUUUUUUUUUCGGGAAAAGGAAUGACCUACGCUACGCACGACGAUGAUAAUGAUGAGAGAAAAAAAAAUCUUUAUAAAGAAGUAAGGUACCUACCUUAGGUAUAAUGAAUAUGACACAACAAAGGGAAGGGAAAGGAAAUGAAGGGAACAUGAUGAAAGGUAGGAGGGGAAUUUGUAUUGUGUGUGUGUGUUUACUGGAUGGAGAUAGGGCAGACAGACAG